CUUUCCGUUGCAGUUGCUAUUGCUGCUGCGAUUGCUGUUCCUGCCUCGUCUGCUCAUCCUCUCCUCUCGUCGUCCUUCUCCACAGUGGGGACAUGGCCUCGCCUGCUGUGCUGCGGUCUCCCUUCGAUGUGACAGACCUAAGCAACAAGCGAGAGGUGGGCUCUGAUCCGGGCACACUCUGGAGCCUCAGCAGUCAGAAGCCAGGCUAUGGAGUCAAGCAGCUCAGAGAUCCCGACCUGGAGAGUCUCUGGCAGAGUGAUGGAGUGCAACCUCACAAGAUCAACAUCGAGUUUGCAAGGAGGACCGCCGUCACACACGUCUCGCUAUGGAUGAAUGUAAAACGAGAUGACUCCUACACUCCGACCAAGAUUUCCGUCAAAGCAGGUACAGGCUGGCACGACAUGACCGAAGUGCGGUAUCGCGAGUGGGAGAAACAAGAUGAGCCCUAUGGCUGGAAGCACUUUCUCCUUUCCAGCUCCUCCCCGCGCUCCACCAGGGACGAAGAAGAUGAGGCUACCACCACAGCCCUCAACUCACAGGCCUCCAAUGGCGCUACCGAAGAUCUGAAAGGGAAAGGCGCUGUGCUGGCUCCAAUCCACGUGUGGGUGGUGCAGAUUGCAAUCUUGGCGAACCAACAGAACGGCAAGGAUACACAUAUCAGGAGCUGUCUCAUCUGGGGACCUAGGGAGGGGUCAGGGUCUGACGUUCGUGGCAUUGCUGGGAGGCGAGAAGUUGAGAGUGGUAGUGACGAGGAAGAGGAAGAUGAGGAUGAAGAAAUUGGAGGAGGAGUAGCGGCAGUAGGCACGGGUCUCAAGGGACUGCACAUGGGAAGUGCACACAGCCCGUGGAGAGCCAUCAGGUAGUCAUCUUUUCGUACUCGCACUUGUGGCCGUCCGUCACAUCACAAUAUACCACUAGCACAAGCACGCACAGGAGCAGACAAGGACAGGAACAAUGUAUCGCAUUACGUCAAUACAAGGCCCAAUCUUAUCUCUGUUUUCUUCUCUUUUCCCCCUUACUACCUCCCAAUCAAGCUUCGAU